AUGGAGACAGAAGAGGAAGAGAAUAAAAGAUCAAUAGAAGAAAGAAAGAAAAAGGUUUUUGCUUAUUCUGAGGCUGAUCUAAAGGAACUGCCAUAUCGUCGAGCAUCAGCAGCAACUUUUAUUUUCAUUGUCUUAGUAUUUGGAAUACCACUAUGGUGGCGUACCACUUCGACAUAUCGUGUUUCCUUUGCGAACUUUCCUGAAGACCAGCAUAUAUUUAUUCCGGUCUACCUUAAAAUUGCCUGCAUCAAUUGUUCGCUAAAAGGUAAACUAAAUGAUGUGUCAUCUAACCUUGUAGAAGCUUUAGAAGACCUUCCCAGGAUUGAGAAGCUCAUUCUAGAAUACAAAACAGAAUUGUUUUUUGUAGAUUCGGAGCAACAGCUUUCUGAGCUAGUUACUGACGAUGGUAAAUUCAGUAUCUACGUGGCUGUGGUUGAGGAGGCUAGCUGGAACUUUUCUGAUGCUGUAGUGUAUUUUAGCUCUAAAUCGUGGGCUUUCAUAAAAAAUCAUUCUGAUAAGGAACUGCUGCUUCAACGAAUGCUUUCCAGUGUGGCAGAUGUAUUAUUGGAUGUUGGGCAUCUUUCAACAAUUAUCAGAAGAGACUUGAAAAAGCGUAUGGGCCCAUUAGAGUUUGCAGCUUUACCGAUUAAUCACCAAAAAAGGCUUGUCUGGGAUUCAGCAGCGUUGAGUGCAAAGUACAUCGUUCAUAUUAUAUUUAUUGAUCUAGAUGGCUGGAGUUUGGAAAGAAACCAAGAAUUGAAAGAUGCCGUUUUGAAUGUUCGUAGAUUUGCUACUAGAGUAUCAGCAGUUAUUAAUGUAGAAGUCAGCACUGAAAAUCUUUGGGAUUUUAGCCUUUCUCCAUGGUUAAUAACCGAUAACGAGGAAAAGAGCUUUAUAAAAGUCUCUGAUGUUUCAAAAAUUAUUACUAAGGUUGAUCAACAGACGAGUACUGUGGAAUCUUCCGCUCCUUUACUAAAAUUGGUGGUUUUUAAGAGCAAAAAAAAGAUCUCACUUGUCGAUCAUACCGGCUCUGAAAAUGGUGCUCUAGCUGUCGCAUCAUGGGGAUGCGUUACUUUCACGGGUGGAAAAAUGACUGUCAGCCAGUCUUUAAUUGGCGCGUUGCGAGUUCUGCUUGGUCUGGACACAGAACUGCCUUAUUCGACAGGUCGUUACCCAUCGCCGAUUGCUGACUGGGAGUUAAGUCGCUUGAGGCUGCGAUCGUUUGUAGAUUCCUCGAUGAAUGCAAUUUCAUCCGUUCGGGCGAUUCAUAAUUUAGUUGCGCAAAUCAGUAACGUUGUCAUUAAUGACGAGGUGGCAGGUUGUGCAAAUAAAGCAGUAAAACUAAUUGUGAAUGCCUUGAAAACAGCUAAGGAAACAGGUCGUAUUGAUGUGGCUACAACUAUUGAAGGUCGAGCUCUGGCUGAUAAAGCUGUUAACGACCAUAGUCUUUUGGCACUGCUAUACUUCCCAAAUGACCAAAAGUUUGCCGUUUAUCUUCCUUUGUUUUUACCUACGCUUUUGCCUAUUUUCGGUUCGAUUGUUGCCUUUUACAAGCAUUGGAGGGAAAAGGACUAA